AUGAUCACAAUACAAAAAUCAGACAUGAGCCUCUAUCGUGAAACAAGCAACGAGGACAAGGACGGUGCCGUAAGGCCAGAGCAGAGUAUGCGCAAGAUAAACCGUGAAGUGGAGACGACGGUCCUUUUAGCUUUGGCUUAUAGCAGCGAGACGCGUUGGGUGGUCUCUGCCACGCCACAAAAUUUUUACUUUUUCCCAGAACCGAAAGAAUAUUCUGAUAUUCUUAGUCUUAGCCUUAGACUUAGUCCUAGUUCUAGUCUUAGUCCUAGUUCUAGUCUUAGUUCUAGCCCUAGCCCUAGUCCUAGUCCUAGUCUUAGUCCUAGUUUUAGUCCUAGUCUUAGUCUUAGUCCUAGAAUUAGGUCUAUUCCUAGUCUUAGUCCUAGUCCUAGUCUUAAUCCUAGUCUUAGUCCUAGUCUUAGUCCUGGUCUUAGUCUUAGUCCUAGUCUUAGUCUUAGUCCUAGUCUUAGUAUUAAUCCUAAUCCUAGUGUUAGUCCUAUUCCUAGUCUUAGUCCUAGUCUUAGUCCUAGUCUUAGAAUUAGGUCUAUUCCUAGUCUUAGUCCUAGUCCUAGUCUUAAUCCUAGUCCUAGUCUUAGUCCUAGUCCUAGUCUUAAUCCUAGUCCUAGUCUUAGUCCUAGUUUUAGUCCUAGUCUUAGUCUUAGUCCUACUCUUAGUAUUAAUCCUAGUCCUAGUGUUAGUCCUAGUCCUAGUCUUAGUCCUAGUCUUAGUCCUAGUCUUAGUGUUAAUCCUAGUCCUAGUCCUAGUCUUAGUUCUAGUUUUAUUCCUAUUUUUAGUCCUAGUCUUAGUCCUAGUCUUAGUGUUAAUCCUAGUCCUAGACCUAGUCCUAGUCCUAGUCUUAGAAUUAGGUCUAUUCCUAGUCUUAGUCCUAGUCCUAGUCUUAGUCCUAGUUUUAGUCCUAGUCUUAGUCUUAGUCCUAGUCUUAGUAUUAAUCCUAGUCCUAGUGUUAGUCCUAGGCCUAGUCUUAGUCCUAGUCUUAGUGUUAAUCCUAGUCCUAGUCCUAGUCUUAGUUCUAGUUUUAUUCCUAGUUUUAGUCCUAGUCUUAGUCUUAGUCCUAGUCUUUGA